GCCGCAGAAGAAAAUCCCAUAUCUGCCCGGAAAUCCACCUAACGCCUACAGUUUUACUGCCCGAUAUCCGGGCGGGCAGUCCAAACUCCAAUACCACUUCCUUACUUUUGAUUACUUUUGUCCCUCCCCAUCACUUCCUACACUCCCACCACCACCACACCUCCUCCGCCUUGGUGGGUGGCGCGUGUAAGCAGAGUCACGAAAUGGGGCAGGGUCUGAGCUGCAGAGAGCAACAAGAGAAUGAGCUUUUUAACGCAGUUCAGAAUGGAGAGCUUGAAACAGUUGAAGCAAUGGCGGAGCAGGACCCAAACUUGUUGUCGCUCAAGACUGUCCACGGGAGGCUCUCUGCACUCCACGUUGCGGCUGCUAAUGGGCGGAUCGAGGUCCUUUCUAUGCUUUUGGAUCGGUCUGGAAAUCCGGAUAUCUUGAAUCGACACAAACAGACACCAUUGAUGUUAGCUGCUAUGCAUGGAAAGAUUUCCUGCGUGGAAAGGCUGAUUCAAGCAGGAGCAAAUAUUUUAUUGUUUGACACAUUAUAUGGGAGAACCUGUUUGCAUUAUGCAGCUUACUAUGGUCACUCAGAUUGCCUCCAAUUCAUUCUUUCGGCUGCCAAUUCUACUGCUGUUGCUCAAUCUUGGGGAUUUUCAAGAUUUGUCAAUAUCAGAGAUGGGAGUGGGGCAACUCCAUUGCAUUUGGCAGCCCGUCAAAGACGUCCUGAUUGUGUGCACAUUCUGUUAAGCAAUGGGGCUCUUGUGUGUGCAUCAACUGGUGGAUAUAGCUAUCCAGGUAGUACUCCUCUUCAUCUGGCUGCUCGGGGCGGCUCAUUGGACUGUGUCCGUGAAUUGCUUGCUUGGGGUGCUGAUCGUCUUCAAAGAGAUUCUUCCGGGAGAAUAGCUUACAUGGUUGCUCUGAAGCACAAACAUGAAGCCUGUGCUGCUUUGUUAAAUCCUUUGGCACCAGAGCCUCUAACUUGGCCAUCACCGUUGAAGUUUAUCAGUGAGCUCAAUCCUGAUGCAAAAGCCUUGUUGGAGAAAGCCCUAAUUGAAGCCAAUAAAAAGAGAGAAAAGUCUAUCUUGAUGGACACUCCUCCAUCGUCAAAUUCUAGUGGUACUGAUGAUGAAUCUGAGGCUGGUGAUGCUGAACUUUGCUGCAUCUGCUUCGAACACGUGUGUACAAUCGAGGUGCAAAACUGUGGUCAUCAGAUGUGUGCUAAUUGCAUUCUAGCCCUCUGCUGUCACAGCAAGCCCAACUCUUCCACCAACUCUGCAAAGAUUCCAGUCUGCCCCUUUUGUCGAAGCAGCAUAACUCGAUUAGUUGUGGCCAAGAGCAAAACCGAUAGUGAAAUCGAGUUGGAGUUGAGUCCUUCAAAGCCAAGAAGAGCAAGAAAAUCAUAUAAUCUUGGUGAAUGCAGCAGCAGCCUCAAGAGCUUGUCGUCUUUGGGCUCGUUUGGGAGAUUGGGUCGCACUUCCGGAAAGGUUGCUGCCGAAAGCAAUGAGGAGUUUGAUAAGCCCUAAUAUUGUUGGAAAAUGAUGCCAACUUGCAUUAAAAACUGAAGGGAAGUAAACUAAAAACCUGAAAUGAUCGGCAGCGUGGUGAAUCUGAAAGAAGGUUCUUGUAAUUGUAACUUACUGCAGAAUCUUGGAAAAGAAGAAUAUACCCAUAUUGUUGCUAGCAUAAAUGCUUACAAUUGAGUGAAAGCUCAAUCAUUUUGUACUAAGAUACAAGGACGUUAAUGAAGUACGAGGAAGGACGUCUCUUCUUGACUCAGUUGCUUUCUGUUAA